UCAGAAUCCCUCUCGGACUUUUGGUGAUGAGAGGGGAUAUUACCAGGCACAAUCAUCGUUGCCAGCACAGACCUUUUCACCUGCUCGUAGGUCAAGGUACGCAUCUUGUCGCCAAAUAGUGGUGGUGGUGGUGACUCUGAAGUCGCUGUUGAAUGCAUUGAUCGUCCACUGCCCCGACUGCCAAUCCAACGGCCUCGUCGCGGCCCACGAUCCCCGUAGCGACUCGCAUGAGCUCCUCGCCUAUACAUCUGGACGAGUUGGAGUCGACCAGAGUUGGUGUCAACUGCGGCUGUGUCGAUCGAUUCUUUCGAUGGUCACAAAGUGACGAAAGGCACAACGAGCGCGUUUGUGUUGAGCGGCCCACUUGCGCUUGUAACAGCGAACCAACUACAAGCAAGCGGGACCUUGCAUGAGUGAAUCCACUUUUGCCGCCUCGCAGUCACCGAUAAUCAGUGUAUAC